AUGAGCGAUUUCCCUCUUGACGAGGACCUCAACACCCCUCCCAUAUCCCCCGCAGCGUCGGAAAGCACUCUAGAUGUCCUGCUGAACCCGCUCUCUCCAGACUUGACGCCUACUCAAUUGACAUUCAACCUGCACCGGUCAUCAGGGCACAUUCCUUUCGUUCUUUAUGACGACGAUUAUAUGGACUUGGAAGCGGAGCCUCUGGAGCUGCAAGGGUUCUCUAUCUCGGAUUUCUCGCUUGCUUCUGUUAAUGCCAGUGGUCAUGCUAGUCGAUUUCGAUCGGCCUCUCUGUCGCGCAAUGGUUCUGACAUCCAACAGCGCUCUUCUAUUGGUCACUCUGGCUCCGAACGUAGAAGUAGCACUGCUACUACAAGUUCUACCAUUUCUGCAGACAGUGCCAAUGGUACGAGCUCCUCUAGCCGAACAACUGUGGCAGAAUCUCUCUAUCUAGGUCUGAACACCUUGGAAAGCUCGAAUACUAUAAGCUCAGUGGGUACCUUUGGCCCGAAACACAAACGUCACCAGCAAAGUAUUCAGCCUGACCAUGAUGUAGUGGAAGGGUCUCCGCCUCUGCCAGAUUCGCCCUCCUUGUCUCAGCAAUUUCCGAAUUCUGUGUCAUUAUCAAGAGGAAGCAUCGGUACUGGAAGUGACCAGUCGACCAUAGGUCGCAAGCGGUCUUCAAUAGUGGCUAGUCGAGAUCUGUCUGCCAUGUUUGCUAGCCCUACUGUGUUCUCGGACGGGCAUAGUAAACGGGCAUCUCUAGUGGCUAGAAUGGACUCAUCUGAACCCGACUCUUUCUCGGCAGAGCAUAGCGUUCCCCGAGAAGAUAUUAGUGCACUUAAGCUUGCUUCAGACUCGGAGUCACAGACUGAUACCUCAUUUGCGGUGGAUGCUCAAGAUGACAGUGAUGGCUCUGAAUCUGACUCUACAACUCCCAAAAAGCCAAUUCCGAAGAAUAUUUCAUGGAUAUCUACCCGUGACUGGGACUACAAGCAGUACAAAGAAUAUAUCGCUAAAGUCGAAGGCUUGGAAGGCGGUCUCCCUCGCAGCCCAAGCCCUGUUUCUCAUGUUCAGGACGUGGGGAAUACGACUGUAAGCCCACGAAAACGAACACCUCCUCGCCUUAAUGUCUUGCCAAUGGAGCAUCACCGAGAUCUGGAUGUCAUCGUCGAGACGCCUCGCGCGUCUCUGUUUGCUCGCGAGAUCUAUGACCAUCGACCAGAAGCAUUAUCCCAAGGCCAGACAUCGCCGUCUGCAGCGCAGAAGAAUUCACUUCGACAGGACGAACAUAACUGGCUGAAGGAAGUCACCGUACAGUUUCUCAUCGACCAAGAGGGGUUCCGCGCUGCCCAUCCAUCGUUCAAGUUCGGAGGAGUGGCGCGGAUACGGCCUUCACAGAACUCGAAGGCACCGCUGAUAGUCAUGGCACAAUUUAGGCCUGUCGCGAGACAGGCAUUCCACUUCCAUCACGCCCCUUUCGAGUCCCCUCCUAUCCUUCGAAGAGUGACUGUCAACUUCGACGAAACACACGACUAUCUGAGCAGGCAGGCCCUCCUUACUCUCAAGAAUAACGGUGUGUAUGUGUUGCAUGGGCAUGAGAUAUCCCACACUAGCCCGGAAUUGGAAUCUUCGAAGUUGUUCUGGCAAUUCGAAUAUUUGAUCGAUGACCGCCGAGUGGAGACUUCAGGAAGAGUCAUGGAAGGAGAGAAGAUCAUGACACCUUUAACGUUCUCUUGUACCCCUGCACUCCUAUUGCCUGGGCAAGGGAAACGGAAUAGUAUCAUGCACGUAUUCAAGAAAGGCGUGGCGCCCAAACUGGUUGCUGAGAGGCUUCAGCCGCCUGGUUUAUCAACAGCUCCAAAAAAGACUAGUGACGAUCCACAAACGGCAGAAACAGACGGCCACAUGACCUUCUUUUCAUCAAAGGCGCAUGCUUGGAAUUUACAUAGGCGCGGUCAGUCCCAUGCUGUCCAUACUCAAAAGCAUACGGAGAGAACAUCUAGAACAACACACGAGGAAUCUGAAAACAUUGAACCAAUUUCACCUUCGCAUCGUCGAGCGGUAUCUGGAGGAGAUGGUCACAAACCAGCAGGCGUUGUACCUCGAUUCGACGCUUUGACAUCUCCGAGUAAACGAACACAAGCAAGUCCUUUCGUUGGAGUACCUGCCCCUGCUCGCCACAUCAUACCUCCUCAAAAACUAGCUGAAUUACUGGAUGCUUCUGGGUCUCCAGAAAGACCUCCCGCACACCGCCCGCCUUCUAUACGUAAUAGUAACCAGUUCGUGCCUCUUACCCCUCGACCUCGACAACCCAAUAGUGGCAGAGAUCUGGCGCAUAUACGAUGA